AUAGGCUUGUCUUGUUGUUACCAUGCAAAGGACAACUUAAUGUGCCGUGAUGUCUGUGAACAGAUUUUGUCUUCUAAGAGUGAUUCCCGUUUGAAGCACUUACUGCAGCGAGCACCUGAGUAUUGUCCAGGAACAAUGGGAGAAGUCUGGGGUUGUAUAAAUUCUUCUUUGCCAGGAGUUUUGAAGAAGUCUGAUGGGUGGGUUGGUUUAGGUUGCUGUGAGCUAGCUAUUGCUGUGGAAUGUCGACAAGCAUGUAAACAGGCAUCUGUAAAGAAUGAUGUUUUAAAGGUCUGCAGGAAAGAGUACGAGAAUGCUCUCUUUAGUUGUAUUAACAGAAAUGAAAUGGGGUCAGUCUGUUGCAGCUAUGCAGGUCAUCAUACAAAUUGUCGGGAAUAUUGUCAAGCAAUUUUUCGCACAGACUCUUCUCCUGGUCCAUCACAAAUUAAAGCAGUUGAAAAUUACUGUGCAUCAAUUAGCCCUCAGCUCAUACACUGUGUGAACAACUAUACCCAGUCAUAUCCAAUGAGAAAUCCUACAGAUAGUUUGUAUUGCUGUGAUAGAGCAGAAGACUAUGCUUGUCAGACUGCUUGUAAAAGAAUUCUAAUGUCAAUGAAAACAGAGCUUGAAAUUGUUGAUGGACUUAUAGAAGGCUGUAAAACAAUGCCUCUACCUCAGGAUCCACUUUGGCAAUGUUUUCUUGAAAGUUCAAGGUCUGUGCACCCAGGCAUCACUGUGCACCCUCCACCCUCCACAGGCCUUGAUGGAGCUAAGCUUCAUUGCUGUUCUAAAGCAAAUUCUUCCACGUGUAGAGAGCUCUGCACUAAACUUUAUAGCACGAGCUGGGGCAAUUCACAGAGCUGGCAAGAAUUUGAUCGCUUUUGUGAGUAUAAUGCAGUUGAAGUUUCCAUGUUGACCUGUUUAGCAGAUGUACGAGAACCUUGUCAGCUGGGCUGUAGAAAUCUUACUUACUGCACUAAUUUUAAUAACAGACCAACAGAACUUUUUAGGAGCUGCAAUACUCAGUCAGACCAGGGAGCCAUGAAUGACAUGAAGCUAUGGGAAAAAGGGAGUAUUAAGAUGCCAUUUAUAAAUAUUCCUGUGCUUGAUAUUAAAAAAUGCCAACCAGAAAUGUGGAAGGCAAUUGCCUGCUCACUGCAGAUUAAACCUUGCCACAGCAAAUCUAGAGGAAGUAUUAUCUGCAAAUCAGAUUGUGUGGAAAUUCUGAAGAAAUGCGGAGAUCAUAAUAAAUUCCCCGAAGGCCACUCAGCUGAAAGUAUUUGUGAGCUCUUAUCUCCAACAGAUGACUUGGAGAACUGUAUCCCUUUGGAUACAUACCUGAGACCAAGUUCUUUAGGUAACAUUGUGGAAGAUGUUACGCACCCAUGUAAUCCAAAUCCUUGUACAGCUAAUCAGUUAUGUGAAGUAAAUAGAAAAGGAUGUCAAUCUGGAGAACUGUGUCUUCCAUAUUUGUGUGUGCCAGGUUGCAAACUGGGAGAAGCCUCAGAUUUUAUUGUCCGUCAAGGCACACUUAUUCAGGUUCCAUCCUCAGCUGGUGAUGUUGGUUGUUACAAGAUUUGUACCUGUGGGCACAGUGGAUUGCUAGAAAACUGCAUGGAAGUGCAUUGUGUUGACCUCCAAAAAUCAUGCGUUGUUGGAGGACAAAGAAAAAGCCAUGGAACAUCCUUUAAUAUAGAUUGUAAUGUCUGUUCAUGUUUUGCUGGAAACUUGGUAUGUUCUACACGUCAGUGUCUAACUGAGCAUAGUUCAGAAGAUGAACGUCAGAAGUUUACAGGUUUACCAUGUAACUGCGUUGAUCAGUUUGUACCAGUAUGUGGUCAAAAUGGACGCACAUAUCCAAGUGCAUGUAUAGCUCGCUGUGUUGGGCUGCAGGACAACCAGUUUGAAUUUGGAUCAUGCAUUUCCAAGGAUCCUUGUAACCCUAACCCUUGUAGUAAAAAUCAAAGGUGCAUACCAAAGAAACAAGUUUGUUUGACUAGUUUUGGAAAGUUCCAAUGUAGCCAGCAUGAAUGUGUGCCAAGGCAUUUAAAUUGUGACCAGACACGGGAUCCUGUUUGUGACACAGACAAUGUGGAAUACAGUAACCUGUGUACUUUGUACCAAAAAGGGAAAAGUUUAGCAUACCGAGGACCAUGCCAGCCGUUUUGCAAAUCAGUGGAACCUGUCUGUGGGCACAAUGGAGAAACCUACAGCAGUGUCUGUGCUGCCUAUUCCGACCGUGUGGCUGUGGACUAUUAUGGACACUGCCAGGCUGUAGGGGUUCUUUCAGACUACGGGUUUCACACCGAGUGUGCCUUUGUUAAAUGUCCCCAGCUUUCUGCUACUGGCUGCAAACCGGUCAUUGCACCAGGAGCCUGCUGUCCGCUAUGUGCUGGAAUGCUGAGAAUCUUAUAUGACAAAGAAAAGCUGGAUACUUUUGCAAGGGUAACAAAUAAAAAGCCUAUAACAGUACUUGACAUCCUCGAGAAAAUCCGCCUGCAUGUCUCAGUGCCACAGUGUGAUGUGUUUGGAUACUUAAGCAUAGAAUCUGAAAUUGUGAUUCUCAUCAUUCCUGUGGAUCAGAACCCCAAACCAUUGCAGAUUGAAGCCUGCAAUAAAGAAGCAGAAAAGAUAGAGUCACUGAUCAAUUCAGACAGUCCAACAUUAGCAUCACACGUACCCCUGUCAGCUCUGAUUGCAUCUCAAGUACAAGUUUCCUUUAGCAUUUCUUCUCCUUCUGUUAAAGUGGAGCCUGAUCUGCACUCCCUGUUCACAAGCCUUUUAUUCACCUUGUCAGGAUUAAUAUAUUGCAUAUAACAGCUUAGAAAACAUGCCUGAGUAUUGUGGUGUUUUAUAUUGUGAAGGACAUUCAGAAUUGUUGAUCACUGAACCAGAAAACAGAAUUUGUAAAGGAUUUUAUUAACCAAUACUUUUCAAUGAAGAGCUAGAAGUAUUUGAAAUAAUGUGAAAAGAUUAUUCUUUUGUUCAU